AUGCCGCAUGCCAUUGAGAAAAGCAAUGGCGCUACGAAGCGCGGCGCGGCGCAAAAGAUACUGAACGACGCAGUAGGCGUGACCAAGAGCAAGGACGGUCAUGAGAAGACCGACUACACAAGGUGGAGGUUGAAGGAUGACCGGGGAUGUCAGACAUGGCACUACCUCGAAAGCGACAAGGACAUGAAGGCAUGGCCACAGAGUACAGCGGAUAAAUACUUUCUAGGCCUCGAUACGGAACAACCUACCCUGAAGCCUGCAAAGACUCCCCUCGAAGCUGCACACAAUGGUCUCGAAUUCUUCUCCCAACUCCAGCUCCCACCAGGAAACUGGGCUUGUGAAUACGGCGGCCCUAUGUUUCUGCUACCUGGCCUUGUGAUCACCUGGUAUGUCACCGAGACACCAGUACCAGCGUCGCAUGCGACCGAAAUCAAGAACUACCUCUUUGCGCGGGCCAACCCCGAGGACGGUGGCUGGGGGCUACACAUUGAGGGCGAAAGCACUGUGUUCGGUACCGCGAUGAAUUAUACUGUGCUUAGGCUUUUGGGCGUAGAGGCAGAAGAGCCUCGGAUGCAGAAAGCGCGAGACACGCUUUGGAAACUGGGUGGUGCGCUCAAUGCACCACAUUGGGCAAAAUUCUGGUUGAGCGUGCUAGGUGUGACGGAGUGGGAUAUUGUCAAUCCUUGUCCACCUGAGCUAUGGUUAUUACCUGAUUGGGUGCCCAUCGCGCCUUGGAGAUGGUGGAUACACAUGCGACAAGUUUUUCUGCCCAUGUCGUAUAUCUACUCCAAGAAGUGGUCGUAUCCGCUGAACGAUCUUACACGUCAAUUGCGCGCCGAGCUGUUGAUGCAGCCGUUUGACACGAUCAAUUUUGGUGCGCACCGGAACACCAUCGCCUCUACGGAUAAUUAUCAUGCCAAGUCAUGGAUGCUCAAACUUCUGUUUUGGUUCUUGGCUGCUAUCUGGUUUCCGUACAUUCGACCCACCUGGAUGAUCAAGCGUGCCGAAGAACACGUAUGGUGGCUCAUUGAAGCUGAGGAUGAGAACACUGAUUUCGCAAACCUUGGUCCUGUGAACGGUCCCAUGAAUACGCUGGUCGCAUACAUCAGAGAAGGACGUGAUUGCCAUGCCGUUCGCGAGCAUCUCAAAACCCUCCCGGAGUUUCUUUGGGUCAAGGAUGAAGGUAUGCUUAUGAAUGGUACGAAUGGUGUGCAAACAUGGGACACUGCGUUCCUCAUCCAAGCCGUUGAAUCCUGCGGCUGGUCAAAAGAUAAGAAGUGGAAGCACAUGCUCACAAAGAGUCUCGAGUUCCUGGAAGACCAGCAGAUACUUGAAGAAACCAGAGAUCAACAUGCAUGCUAUCGUCAACAACGUAAGGGUGCCUGGGGUUUCAGUACACGGAAGCAAGGAUACACCGUUAGCGACUGCACGUCUGAAGGCCUCAAGAGUACACUCAUCCUGCAGAACGGCAACGCGUUUCCUGAACUCAUCAAUGAACGCCGUGUGAAAGACGCCAUUGACGUCCUGCUUACCAUGCAAAACGCGUCUGGUGGCUGUGCUUCCUACGAGCCAACACGAGGAAGUAUUCUCCUAGAGCACCUCAACGCAGCAGAGGUCUUCGGCAACAUCAUGAUAGAGUACGAUUACCCCGAAUGCACGACCGCCGUGGUGACCGCACUUCACAUGUUCCAAAACUACUACCCAGAUUACCGCACUGCAGAGAUUUCUGCAUUCCGCGACCGCGCUGUAUCGUAUAUCAGAGCUGCACAACGCCCUGACGGCUCGUGGUACGGUAGCUGGGGUAUAUGCUUUACCUACGCCGGCAUGUUUGCUCUUGAAUCACUCAAGUGCUCUGGCGAACAGUACGAAAACUCCGAGCGUGUGAGACGGGCAUGCCAGUUCUUCUUAGACAAGCAGAUGGAUGAUGGAGGCUGGGGCGAGACAUACAAGAGCUGCGAGAACGGUGUCUGGGAUCAGCAUCCACAAAGUCAGGUUGUGCAGACUGCCUGGGUGAUUAUCGCAAUGAUUGAGGGUGGUUUUCCGCAUAAGGAACCACUGGAGAAGGCUGUCAAACUCAUCAUGAAGAGGCAGCAGGCCAACGGAGAGUGGCUACAGGAGGCGAUCGAGGGAGUGUUCAACAAGUCUUGUAUGAUUUCGUAUCCGAACUACAAGUUCAUCUUCCCGAUUAAGGCGCUGGGCAUGUAUGCUGAGCGCUUCGGAGAUGACACGUUGUUCUAA